AGAAGCACACUCACUUCCGCUUUCAAUCCCAGACUCACACGGUUCAUUUCUCUUAUUCAUCCCCAGAUUUGCUCACCAGCUUUUAGCUCGGUUCCAUUCAGCUCCGACCAUUCAUUAGUCCGGAUCUUCGGGUGUGCUGCAGCCAUGCGGGUGUUGCUGUUCUUCGCUGUGACGGUGCUGUCUCUGAGCCCGGCGCUGGUCAGCGGAGCCGAAAAGAAGAAGCUGCAGAUCGGCAUCAAGAAGCGAGUGGACAACUGCCCCAUUAAGUCCCGCAAAGGAGACGUGCUGAACAUGCACUACACGGGCAAGCUGGAGGACGGCACCGAGUUUGACAGCAGCAUCCCCCGGGACAGGCCCUUCACCUUCACGCUGGGCACCGGGCAGGUGAUCAAAGGCUGGGAUCAGGGCCUGCUGGGGAUGUGCGAGGGCGAGAAGAGGAAGCUGGUUAUCCCCGCCGAGCUGGGCUACGGAGACAGGGGAGCUCCGCCGAAGAUCCCCGGAGGGGCGACUCUCAUCUUUGAGGUGGAGCUGCUCAGUAUCGAGAAGAGAUCCGAGCUUUGAUGAAGGAAAGAUGCCAAAGGAGGUUGUUUUACAAACGUUCCAGGAGCUACAACAGCACAAACCGGAGAUAUUUGACCUCAGAUGAAGACUACAAGGCAAAUAUGGGAGGGGCCCCAUGGCAGAUCUACUGUUGUCCUUUACUGGCUUUUAAACUGGCUACUAUGCUCUGAUUUACUGGACUGAUGGUGUCAUAUUGGAUAAGACCUGACGGGAUGUUUUUGUUGAACAUAAGAAGAGCUGACAGAGAUCAGAUAAGACCAGGAUUUGGCCGUGGGCUGAUUAUAAAGUAAUUUUCUUGCCAUAUCAUCUCAUUUUAGUGGUUAAUUUUCUGUGAUUUAAAAGCCAGUUCAUUCAUAACUGUACUUCUUUUUGAACCUUUAUUAAGUUAGAAGUCAGGAAGAUGAGGACACAUUGUUUGUUUACUUUAAAUGUUUGAAUAAAAAUAAUAAAAUGUUCUCCAUAU